AUGUCUGACAAUAUAGCAGCCAAUCCCGAGCCCAGCGCGGCACAUUUCGAGGCGCCUCUCGGGGCAGCAGUGAAAUCCAUCACCCAUUUGAAGCGAAUCCCGAGCGAGGAGAGUAUUGAAAUGGACGGCACGGACUACCGCGACGUCCUCCCUAGGCCCUCCACCGACCCCAAUGAUCCCUUGAACUGGUCCUGGACGGAGAAGCACCUGGUCCUGUUCAUGGUUGCAGCCAUGGCGUUCCAAGGGCCCUUUGACUCGGCUUCCCCAGCCGCCGGGUUUCUGGAGCAAGCCCCAGCUUAUCACGUCGAGAUUCCUGAUAUGCUGGACUCUGUCGGCGCGCAGGCUAUUAUGCUCGGCGUCGGAGGAGUACUCUGGGUGCCUCUCUCAAACCAUUACGGACGGAGCCCGAUUUACCUUGCCGGCGCCGUCGUCGCCACUCUAGGCUGCCUAGGGUGUUCUCUCGCAAACAGCCUUGGUGCGUACUGUGGUGCUCGGGUGGUCAACGGCUUAGGGUGCUCUGCAUCUAUGAGUGUUGGAGCUUUAACCGUCAAAGAUCUCUUCUUCGUCCACGAACGCGGUCAGAAAAUGGGUAUAUGGACAAUCUCCAUCGGCCUAUCGCCCUAUAUCUCCACGCUCCUGGACGGUUUCGUGACGACCUACGCUGGCUGGAGAUGGAUGCAGUGGCUCACCUUCUUCAUCUGGUGUGGCUUGUUGGUCUUGUGCCUGGUCGCGCUUCCGGAGACGCUUUACGACCGCCAUCACCAGCUGGUUGACGUACCACCAAAGAAGACCUAUGUCCAACGGCUAAAAUGGAAGCGGUUCCCGAUGAGGCGACUGACCUUCCGAAGUUUCUGGCACCCCUGUACGAUGUUCUUCUACCCUUCCGUUAUCCUUCCCGGGUUCUACUACGGAAACAUCUAUGGCUUUUGCGUAUUUGGAGCACUGGGGAUGAUUCCCAUAGCCUUUGCGGAGCUCUAUGGUUUCCAUGCUGUUGCUCAAGGGCUGGUGGCAAUACCACUAGCCAUCGGCACAAUUCUGGGGGAGCCGCUCGCAGGCCCGUUUUCCGACUGGGUUGUCCGGUUUCUGGCGCGCAAGAAUGGCGGCGUGCGACAUCCGGAACAACGCCUUCAAGCCUACUGGCUAGGGGCGAUACUUGUGCCUUUGGGGUUGAUGAUGUUCGGCCUCACUCUUCAGUACGAGGUGCAUUGGAUCGCGCCUUGUAUUGCCAUCGCAAUCUACUCCUUUGCGAUACAGAUCGUGUCCACUGUCACAUUCACCUACGCCGUGGACUGCUACGAACAUGUGGCUGGCGAAGUUGCCCUGGUGCUGAACUUCUGCCGCCAGAUUUUCUCCUUCUACGUGUCCUUCUACCUGCCGCACUAUACUGGGAAGGUAGGAUAUGGUUGGGCGUACGGGAUAUACGCCAUUUUGGCCGUGGUGCUCUUCCUGCCUGUUAUUUUGCUGAUGCUUAGAGGAGGAGCGAUCAGAAAACGACUGGGCGCCCCGCAGUCGGGCUUGGUGCACCACUCCGUUCCAGUGCAGGUGAGGGAGGAUAUACCAAAAUCCGAGGAGUAG